AUCCGCAGGGCAGCAGAAUUGCUCCAAUUAUCUCCAGUGAUCAUUGAAAACCUUUGCGAGGGAAAUGUGACUUCAUUUGUCAGUUUUCCUGCUAAAGAAUCUCGUCGUAGGAAGUCCGCAACAUUUUGUCCGAGCUACCUUUCGGGUGGAAGUUGUGCUGCCCGGAGAAACCACCAGGUAGUCUCGUACCUUCGCAGCCCCGUUUGGGUUGAUUUGUCCCCCUGAGUGCACAGCCUUUCAUCGGCCCGGAGGAUCCACAGAGUUGCAUUUGGAGAAUAUGGACACAAUGAUCCUGAGGUGAGCUGACGUCCUGUCGUGUUCGUCUGUCCGAGCUCGAUGUUCAGAGGAAGCCCCUCUCUGUGAAACACAAAAUGUCUGCUGCUAACAUCAGCCCACGGAUCCUCGCCCUCCUUCUUCUCCUCUUACCCUCGAUUUCCAUCCAACAGGUGCCCUCUAACUGCGUGAUCAAGAGGGAACAGGAGAAAUGCCUGGAAAUGAUGGCGUCGGACGAUCCUAGGAACGAUCCAGAUUAUGGCUGUCCAUGGAUGUGGGACAACCUGACGUGUUGGCAGCCUGCCAGGAUCGGUGAGGUGGUCGAAGUCAACUGUCCCGAACUCUUCUCUCAGUUCAUGAGUGAAGAAGACUACGAGCUGGGGAAAGUGAGUCGUAACUGCACUGAAUUUGGCUGGUCAGAGAACUUCCCUCAUUAUGUCGAUGCUUGCCUGUCUGAGGAAGGAAACGGUAGCCAUCCGGAGCUGUACUACGUAGCGGUAAAGGCUCUGUACACGGUGGGCUACAGCACUUCUUUGGUCUCCCUCACCACGGCCAUGGUCAUCCUCUGCAGGUUCAGGAAGCUGCACUGUACCAGGAACUUCAUCCACAUGAACCUAUUUGUGUCGUUCAUCUUGAGAGCUAUUUCAGUCUUCAUCAAAGACGGCGUGCUGUAUGCCAAAGAGGACAGCGAGCACUGCUUCAUACACACUGUGGCGUGUCGAGCAGUGAUGAUAUUUUUCCAUUACUGCGUCCUUUCUAAUUACUUCUGGCUCUUCAUUGAGGGUCUGUACCUCUUUACUUUACUGGUGGAGACCUUCUUUCCUGAAAAGAGAUACUUCUACUGGUACAUCAUCAUUGGAUGGGGAACCCCCACAGUGUGUGUGACCAUCUGGGCGGUGCUGAAGCUACAUUUUGAUGAUUUAGGGUGUUGGGAUAUGAAUGACAACGCUGCCAUCUGGUGGGUGAUCAAAGGACCUGUGCUGGCCUCUAUUAUGAUCAACUUUGUGCUCUUCAUUGGCAUCAUCAUCAUCCUGGUGCAGAAGUUACAGUCCCCAGAUAUUGGUGGAAAUGAGUCCAGUAUUUAUUUGAGGUUGGCCCGCUCUACUCUGCUACUGAUUCCUCUGUUUGGGAUCCACUACACUGUGUUUGCCUUCUCCCCUGAGAAUGUCAGCAAGAAAGAGCGUCUGGUGUUUGAGCUCGGCCUCGGAUCCUUCCAGGGCUUUGUGGUGGCCGUCCUCUACUGCUUCCUAAAUGGAGAGGUGCAAUCGGAGAUCAAGAGGAAAUGGCGCAGCUGGACGGUGAACAGGUACUUUGCUGUGGACCUGAAGCACCGGCAUCCUUCGCUGGCGAGCAGUGGGGUGAACGGGGGCACGCAGCUGUCGAUCCUCAGCAAGAGCAGCUCGCAGAUCCGCAUGUCCAGCCUGCAGGCGGAGACCCCGGCCACCUGAGCGGCACCGGCAGGGACGCCGCGUCCGGCAACGACACCACAUCCAGACCUGACGCCGUCAAACCUGCCGCACCCACCCUC